UGUCAUUCGUAAAAGCGACGUACAUGUACAUACGCGGCACUGAACUUAACGAGACAAUAAUAAAGGCAUGGGAGAACCUAAGCAUCCAUUGUCUCUCAUCUUGCUCGGUAUCCUGGCUACAAUAUCGUCGGUUGACGGGAAAGUAUGCUACUUGGGACAGGAGCCGGAUUUCAGCAGCACCUUGAAAUGGGUGUUGCCAUACCGGGACCCGUGCAAGUGCCAAGACGUGCGACUUGGCAGCAUCAACACCGACGCACUGGACCGACCCUUCGAGCCUGCUUACUUCAACUUGUCGACGGUGGUAUUCGAAGACUUGAAGGCGGUUGUUCAACUGUUGGACUGCAAACCAGGAUGUAGCACAUUCGAGGCAAGUGGCUAUGGUUACAAGUUUAUGUUCGCGGCACUUCCUCGGUCGUCGGAUGAAACCAUUAGCGUUGAGUUUGCAGUGCGUGCCAACGACCAGGUCCACAUAGCACUAUCGAGCCACAACGAUGAUUCAUCACAAAUGUACGAAGUGGUGAUCGGUGGAUGGUUCGACACGAAGUCGGUGAUCCGUCGUCGGAGACAAGGACAAAAUGUGGUAGCAAAGGCGGAUCCCAGUGGAUGGCUUGACGGGGAUACCUACAAACCCUUCUGGAUCAGAGCUACCCCCGGUGUCGGCGGUGACGGCCGAGCUACCUUGACCAUCAGGGUAGGCCGAGGCUCAGAUACAGAGCCUUUCAUGGGCUACCUGGAUACCUCUCCACUAUCUGUGAGCUACUUGGGGUUUAGCAUGUGGGGCGACUCAGUUGGUGAAUAUCGAUUUUGUGGUCUUGAGUUAGCUGCCGAUAAUUAACGUUCCAAAGGGGAAACGUCGUCCAAGGGGGACCUCACAAGGGUCACAGUUCAUAGCCUGAUAAA